GUUCUCACCCAGCUCUGGUCAGUGUCGAUCGGCAACGUAGCAAGAGCGCAUUUAUUUCUGAACAAGUCGAAUUAAGGAAUUUAAGACAAUAUCGGUACUAUCAGGUGGAUAAGUUGUUACAGUGUCUGUGUCCGCGCGAGUGUAUCUGUGUGUGUGUGUGUUGUUCUCAAAUUCUCUAUUGCUCAAGAGUGCAGUUGCCUGCGCGCGCACCAUAGAAAUUCUAUAAAAAUCCCUUUAAUCGGAGAAGCCUAACCACUGAUUGAGUGAAAAAGAGCCGAGGCAGCGCCACCAGCAGCACUUGGAGUUGUAAUACAUACAAAGUUUGAAAUUCGCUUAAGAGGAGUAAUCAAUCAACAGUCUACGACCGACAAAAGCACUUGUAUCCGGUUUGCUGGCCUGUGCAGUACAGUUUAGUGACUGGUUGCUUAGCCGAGAUGAAUCUCUUAUUAACAUCAGCACGCGCGCACACAGCCGCAUUGGCGCUGCUCCAAUUCGUGCUGGUCGCAUUGACGCUGAUGCCAACAUUGAUUUAUGGCCAUGCACAUCAUGGCGCUGGUAAAAAGACUGCCAUGCAGUUUGCCAAUGGUGCUCACUUGGUUAUGGAGACAGGAUCCGGCGAUGUGCUGGUUCGCGCUGCACGCGGUGCUCUGCCAGACGAGCCGGCAGUUGAAGCUGUUGCAGGUACAACGCCCACAACUGGUGGCGUCGCUGCCGGAAAUAAGCGUGUGAAAAACAAUAAUAGGAAAAAUAAAUCGCAAAAUCAAAUGCAGCAUGCUGCUGGCGGCAGUGGAGUCGGUGGAUCUGGUCGCAAGCCCGGAUAUAAGAAGCCUGCAGCUAAUAUUCCUGAUGAGCAGGUGCAGCAAAGCCAUCACACCAACGCCAAGCAGCAGCGACAAAUAAUCAAGCAUCAUCAUCAGCAGCAGCAACAAGAGCAUCAUCGCGCUGGCAAAAGGUCGGGACCCAAAUCAAAAUCAGCCGCUAAUGCAUCGACCUGUCGGUACGCGAAGGGCGCCUGGACGGAGUGUGAUGCCAAGACCAACAUACGGACGCGCACUUUAACCCUAAAGAAAGGCGAGCCCAACUGUCAGCCCACGCGGACCAUGCAGAAGAUGUGCAAGAAAGCUUGUCGUUAUGAAAAAGGUUUGUGGUCAGAAUGCAACGGUGGACAAAUGAAUCGUGAGGACAAAUUGAAAGCAUCGGAUGACGGAAGUCAACAGAACUGCAACGCCGUUCGCACCUCCACCAAGAAGUGCAAGCCUGGCGGUGGCCGUGCCAAAAAGGAACGCAAGCAUAAAGAGAAAGGUCCUGGUCCCACCCGCCGUACAUCGCCAGCGGCUUAACUUGGAGGCUCUACUGAGCUUGUGAAGGUCUCAAAGUGAGAGAAAAUUUCUUCAAGUAAAGUAUUUAGUAAGACCGCACAAAAACUAAAAAAUCAUAUUUGUAAUUCAUAAAUAUUGUUGACUAUCCGCAAAGGUCAAAGGAGCAAAUUGAAUAUAUACAAUACUGAUCUAUUUUGUAAACAGUUUUAAAAAGAAUUUUAUGAACUUGGUAUCAUUAAAAAACUUUAAGUGUA